CUCCUGUUGCAAUUCAAGACGAUCAAAGAACAAAAUGGCGGCUAAAAUUGGUAUCAACGGCUUUGGCCGUAUUGGUCGGAUCGUAUUCCGCAACUCCUUCUCUCAUGCAAACACCGACGUAGUGAUGAUGAAUGAUCCUUUUAUCGAGGUCCAAUACGCGGCAUACAUGCUCAAGUACGAUUCUACCCACGGCACCUUUGCCUCUGAUGUCCACAUUGACGGUGACUGUCUUGUUGUGGACGGCAAGAAGGCCAAGUUCUAUGCGGAAAAGGAUCCUUCCAGAAUUCCAUGGAAGGAUGCUGGAGCGGAUUAUAUCAUUGAGUCAACUGGCGUGUUCACUACCGUGGAAAAGGCAAGUGCUCAUCUUCGAGGGGGCGCCAAGAAGGUCAUUAUCUCUGCGUGGUUGACUUGACCUGUCGCCUUGAAUGGGGAUACAGUCGGCGGGUGCUAGACUUGACUGCCUACAUUGCCAGUGUUGGGAAGUAGAGCCAUGAUUGAUGAUGUGGAUAAUGUCG